UAGGCGUUUAGAGAAAAUGGCAGACGAUAUUGAUAUUGAAGCAAUGCUUGAGGCUCCUUACAAGAAGACUUGCCUAACGAUAUCUCACCUCUACUCCCAUGAAUUCACCUUUGAUUCCAGUGUGAACUGUCAAUCAUAAGGAUGAGAACAAGUUGAGCAGUGCCAACGGCCAUGAAGAACGUAGCAAAAAACAAAGUUUCUGCCUCCUUGGAAAGCUCUACAUCUCCUUGUGAUUGGAGUGUGGGUUUCAAGAUUCCAGAAGGUGGGAAAAAAAGCAAGAGCAGAAGUCGUAGUCAUGAACGAAAGAGAAGCAAAAGUAAGGAACGGAAGCGAAGUAGAGAUAGAGAAAGGAAAAAGAGCAAAAGCCGUGAAAGGAAGCGAAGUAGAAGCAAAGAAAGACGACGGAGCCGCUCAAGAAGUCGAGAUCGGAGAUUUAGAGGCCGCUACAGAAGUCCUUACUCCGGACCAAAAUUUAACAGUGCCAUCCGAGGAAAGAUUGGGUUGCCUCAUAGCAUCAAAUUAAGCAGACGACGUUCCCGAAGCAAAAGUCCAUUCAGAAAAGACAAGAGCCCUGUGAGGGAACCUAUUGAUAAUCUAACUCCUGAGGAAAGAGAUGCAAGGACAGUCUUCUGUAUGCAGCUGGCAGCAAGAAUUCGACCAAGGGAUUUGGAAGAGUUUUUCUCUACAGUAGGAAAGGUUCGAGAUGUGAGGAUGAUUUCUGACAGAAAUUCAAGACGUUCCAAAGGAAUUGCUUAUGUGGAGUUUGUUGAUGUUAGCUCGGUGCCUCUAGCAAUAGGAUUAACUGGCCAACGAGUUUUAGGAGUGCCAAUCAUAGUACAGGCAUCACAGGCAGAAAAAAAUAGAGCUGCAGCAAUGGCAAACAAUUUACAAAAGGGAAGUGCUGGACCUAUGAGGCUUUAUGUGGGUUCAUUACACUUUAAUAUAACUGAAGAUAUGCUUCGUGGGAUCUUUGAGCCUUUCGGAAGGAUUGAAAGUAUCCAGCUCAUGAUGGACAGUGAAACUGGUCGAUCCAAGGGAUAUGGAUUUAUUACAUUUUCUGAUUCAGAAUGUGCCAAAAAGGCUUUGGAACAACUUAAUGGAUUUGAACUAGCAGGAAGGCCAAUGAAAGUUGGUCAUGUUACUGAACGUACUGAUGCUUCAAGUGCUAGUUCAUUUUUGGACAGUGAUGAACUGGAAAGGACUGGAAUUGAUUUGGGAACAACUGGUCGUCUUCAGUUAAUGGCAAGACUUGCUGAGGGUACAGGUUUGCAGAUUCCACCAGCAGCACAGCAGGCUCUACAAAUGAGUGGCUCUUUGGCAUUUGGUGCUGUGGCAGAAUUCUCUUUUGUUAUAGAUUUGCAAACAAGACUUUCCCAGCAGACUGAAGCUUCAGCUUUAGCUGCAGCUGCCUCUGUUCAGCCACUGGCAACUCAGUGUUUUCAACUCUCUAACAUGUUUAACCCUCAAACAGAAGAAGAAGUUGGAUGGGAUACAGAGAUUAAGGAUGAUGUGAUUGAAGAAUGUAAUAAGCACGGAGGAGUUAUUCAUAUUUAUGUUGACAAAAAUUCAGCUCAGGGCAAUGUGUAUGUGAAGUGCCCGUCAAUUGCUGCAGCUAUUGCUGCUGUCAAUGCAUUGCAUGGCAGGUGGUUUGCUGGUAAAAUGAUAACGGCAGCAUAUGUACCUCUUCCAACUUACCACAACCUGUUUCCUGAUUCUAUGACAGCAACACAACUACUGGUUCCAAGUAGACGAUGAAGGAAGAUUAAGUCUCCUAUGUAUAUAGCUUUUUUUCUUUCUUGAGAAUUCAUCUUGAGUUAUCUUUUAUUUAGAUAAAAAUAAAGAGGCAAGGAUCUACUGUCAUUUGUAUACAACUCCUGUUACCUUGAAAAAAUAAAAAUGUUAACAGGAAUGCAGUGUGCUCAUUCUCCCUAAAUAGCAAAUCCCACUGUAUACAAAACUGUUCUUUUGUUCUGCCUUUUAAAAUGUUCAUGUAGAAAAUUAAUGAACUAUAGGAAUAGCUCUAGGAGAACAAAUGUGCUUUCUGUAAAAAGGCAGACCAGGGAUGUAAUGUUUUUAAUGUUUCAGAAGCCUAACUUUGUACACAGCAGUUACAUCCACACUUCACUAAUGUUGAUAUCUGGGCUGAUGGUUGAGCAGGUUUCUGAAAUACACAUUUAGUGUGUGGAAAUACAAGACAGCGUAAGGGCUGCUUGUUAGCAUCUCAUCUUGCAUUCUGAUUAAGUGGCAGUAAAGGGAGAUUUCAAAAUUACAAUAUUUCUUGAUGGUAUCUUUUCAAUUAAUGUAUCUGUAAAAGUUUCUUUGUAAAUACUAUGUGUUCUGGUGUGUCUUAAAAUUCCAAACAAAAUGAUCCCUGCAUUUCCUGAAGAUGUUUAGUGAGAAUCUGGUAAGCGAAAGAGUCUGAAAAAUAGGAAAUGCAGACAUAGGUUUUGUCUGGUUGCAUAUAAUCUUUGCUCUUUUUAAGCUCUGUGAGCUCUGAAAUAUAUUUUUGGGUUACUUCAGUGUGUUUGACAAGACAGCUUGAUAUUUCUAUCAAACAAAUGACUUUCAUAUUGCAACAAUCUUUGUAAGAACCACUCAAAUAAAAGUCUCUUAAAAAGGC